AUGAGGAUAGGCAAGAAGUCGCGCGCGCGCCGCACGCUUGGCUUCUACCGGUCCGCCUUUGGCAUCAAACAGCCGUACCGCGUGCUGGCCGCCGCCAAUCUCGGGCUCGACCUGCGGGUGGAGCUCCCAAAGGUGCUGGGAGGCCGCGCCGAGGUGGUCGUGACGCGGGCGGUGGUCGCCGAGCUCCGCUCGCUCGGCAAGGAGUUCAAGAGCGCGACCGCGACGGCCAAGCGGCUGCCCAAGCUCGACUCGACCGGGAGCGGUCAGGCAGGGGCCGCGAGCGCGUCGGUGCUCUCCGCGGUGGAGAAUGGGAACGCGCGCCGGCUGUGCGUGCUCACCGAGGACGCGGCGCUGCAGCAGAGGCUGGCGGCGCUCUCCGGCGUGCCGCUCCUCCGCUUCGCGCGCCAGGUGAUCGUGCUCGAGCCGCCGCAGCGCGACGAGAGGGCCGCCGCCGAAGGCGCCGCCGAGGAGCUGGCGAGGGCGAACGACCGCCGCGCCGCGCUUGCGCCGGACGCGCCGGACGCCGCUCCGAAGAAGAGGAAGCGGCUCAGAGAGCCCAACCCGCUCUCGUGCAAGAAGAAGAAGCCGGCGCCUGCGCCGACCUCCUCCGGCGCGAGCGGCGAAGCCGGCAACACGCGCACACGGGCGCACGCCCCUGAGAAUUUCCUUCGGGAUUCUGGCGCGGCGAGGUUGCGGUGCUGCUUCGCCGUUCGCGAGCAGCUGCAGCUCCGCUUUUUCUCAAGAGAGAUUUAG